AGGGAGCCUGAUGCGGGACUCGAUCCCGGGACUCCAGGAUCAUGACCUGAGCCGAAGGCAGUCGCUUAACCAACUGAGCCACCCAGGCGCCCUAGGCAAUUGACUAUUAUAUAUAACGUAGCUUUAUUGAACUCUGAGAGGCACUGUUUUAAAUGCAUUGCCCUCAGUCAUUCUUGUGGUCCUCAGAGCAGCCCAGUGAAGUGGAUUUUUUACAGGUGAGUAAACAGGGCUUAAGUAACUUGCCUAAUGUCACAGCUAAUGAGAGAGAGCUAGAAUACAAAUCUAGGCAGUCUGACUUUAAAGCCCAUGGUCUUAAUCAUUAAGCAAUAUCGAUUCUCGGAGGAUGCCUGGCACAUAGUAGUAGGCAGUCAACAAGUAUUACGUCAGUGAAUGAAUGAAACAAAAGGCACAGAUGGGCUGCUAUCUUCAGAGUCCUCCUAUGUUCGUCAUUUUUCUUGGUGGUCUCUGACACCACGCUUAAGUAAGGGAGAAAGAUUAAAGAGGGGUGGCUAAUGCUAGUGACAACGACUCUCAGAUGGUUUGGUUUCUACCAGAAAGGCCCCGUUUAAACCGAACGCAAAAACUCGGCUUUUAGCGCAUUUAUUCACACUAGGAGUACUACGAGCAGCCCAAUUUCUGCUUCAGGCAACAUUAACUUCGCAGUAAUCUACCAGAUUUCGCUGGAGAAACCUAAAGAGGAACUUUUAUGCGCAAACUUUACAGCUCCCGCACGCAUGCGCUCCGCCGAGGGGAAAGUGGUUACUACGGCUGCGCAAAUCGGUGGCCCGGCCCUUCCCCGUCACAUGUCGGGGGACCGCGGCGUGGCGGCGGCUGUGGCGGUAGCGACGGCAGGCCGUAGGGCGGUCGGAGGGUUUCCGGUUCCGGUGUAACGUUCGGGCUCCGUCUCAGGGGCUGAAGUUUGUGAGGUGCAGUUCUGAAUCCCAUUUGAGCUACCCUCUUCCUGAAGAAUGGCACUGUCUAAGAGGGAGCUGGAUGAGCUGAAACCAUGGAUAGAGAAGACAGUGAAGAGGGUGCUGGGCUUUUCAGAGCCCACAGUGGUCACAGCAGCACUGAACUGUGUGGGGAAGGGCAUGGAUAAGAAGAAGGCAGCUGACCAUCUGAAACCUUUUCUUGAUGAUUCUACUCUCCGAUUUGUGGACAAACUGUUUGAGGCUGUGGAGGAAGGCCGAAGCUCUAGACAUUCCAAGUCUAGCAGUGACAGGAGCAGAAAAAGAGAGCUGAAGGAAGUGUUUGGUGAUGACUCUGAGAUCUCCAAGGAAUCAUCAGGAGUAAAGAAGCGACGGAUACCCCGUUUUGAGGAAGUGGAAGAGGAGCCUGAAGUGAUCCCUGGGCCUCCCUCAGAGAGUCCUGGUAUGCUAACUAAGCUCCAGAUCAAACAGAUGAUGGAGGCAGCUACACGACAAAUCGAGGAGAGGAAAAAACAGCUGAGCUUCAUUAGCCCCCCUACACCUCAGCCAAAGACUCCUUCUUCCUCCCAACCAGAGCGACUUCCAAUUGGCAACACUAUUCAGCCCUCCCAGGCUGCCACUUUCAUGAAUGAUGCCAUUGAGAAGGCAAGGAAAGCAGCUGAACUACAAGCCCGCAUCCAAGCCCAGCUGGCACUGAAGCCAGGGCUCAUUGGCAAUGCCAACAUGGUGGGCCUGGCCAAUCUCCAUGCCAUGGGCAUUGCUCCCCCGAAGGUGGAGUUAAAAGAUCAAACUAAACCUACACCACUGAUUCUCGAUGAGCAAGGUCGCACUGUAGAUGCAACAGGCAAGGAGAUUGAGCUGACACACCGCAUGCCUACCCUGAAGGCCAAUAUUCGUGCUGUGAAAAGGGAACAAUUCAAACAACAGCUAAAAGAGAAGCCAUCAGAAGACAUGGAGUCUAAUACCUUUUUUGACCCCCGAGUCUCAAUUGCCCCUUCCCAGCGCCAGAGACGCACUUUUAAAUUCCAUGACAAGGGCAAAUUUGAGAAGAUUGCCCAACGAUUACGGACAAAGGCUCAACUGGAGAAGCUGCAGGCAGAAAUCUCACAGGCAGCUCGAAAAACAGGCAUCCAUACUUCAACUAGGCUGGCCCUCAUUGCUCCUAAAAAAGAGCUAAAGGAAGGAGAUAUCCCUGAAAUUGAGUGGUGGGACUCUUAUAUCAUCCCCAAUGGCUUUGACCUUACAGAGGAAAAUCCCAAGAGAGAAGAUUAUUUUGGAAUCACAAAUCUUGUUGAACAUCCAGCCCAACUCAACCCUCCAGUUGACAAUGACACACCAGUUACUCUGGGGGUAUAUCUUACCAAGAAGGAACAGAAGAAACUUCGAAGGCAAACAAGGAGGGAAGCACAGAAGGAACUACAAGAGAAAGUCAGGCUGGGCCUGAUGCCUCCUCCAGAACCCAAAGUGAGAAUUUCAAAUUUGAUGCGAGUAUUAGGAACAGAAGCUGUUCAAGACCCCACGAAGGUAGAAGCCCAUGUCAGAGCUCAGAUGGCAAAAAGACAGAACUUUGCCUCUGAUCUUCAAUGCCUUUCUCACUUGUGGAUGUCCUUCCUGUCACGACAGAGCGCAUGAAGAGGCCAACGCUGCCCGAAAACUUACAGCAGAACAGAGAAAGGUCAAGAAAAUUAAAAAGCUUAAAGAAGACAUUUCACAGGGGGUACACAUAUCUGUAUAUAGAGUUUCGAAAUUUGAGCAACCCAGCCAAGAAGUUCAAGAUUGAGGCCAAUGCUGGGCAACUGUACCUGACAGGGGUGGUGGGUACUGCACAAGGAUGUCAACGUGGUAGUAGUGGAAGGGGG